AUGGAACCACCCCCCUUGGGCUUCAUUGCUGUGCAGGAGAGCCUGUUCAACGAACAUGCCAACCACUACCAACUCACCGGGCCUUCCUGGCAGCAAGCCCGCCUGGAGAGCCUGUUCAACGAACAUGCCAACCACUAUCAACUCACCGGGCCGUCCUGGCAGCAAGCCCGCCUGGUCUGA